AUGGUCAAGGCAAACUGUACAAUAAUUUCAAAUUUUAUUUUUCUGGGAUUUUCCCACUACCCCAAAGUUGAGAUCAUCAUAUUUGUGCUGUGCCUGCUGAUGUACCUGAUCACCUUGCUGUGCAAUAUUAUUCUGAUCUCCGUCAGCAUCCUGGAUUCCUACUUGCACACCCCCAUGUACUUUUUUCUCAUCAACCUCUCCUUUCUGGACAUCUGCUACACGUCUUCUGCUCUCACUCCAAUGCUGGCAAACUUUGUUACAGGGAAAAACAGCAUCUCAUUCUCAGGAUGUGCUGCUCAGAUGUACUUCUCUCUUGCCAUGGGCUCCACUGAGUGUGUGCUCCUGUCCAUGAUGGCGUAUGACCGAUAUGUAGCCAUCUGCAACCCCUUGAGAUAUCCCAUGAUCAUGAACAGGAGGGUUUGUGUACACAUUGCAGCUGGCUCCUGGGUGACGGGCUGCCUCACUGCCCUGGUAGAAACUGUGUCUGUGCUGCAGUUGUCUCUCUGUGGUAAUAACAUCAUCAAUCAUUUCACCUGUGAAAUUCUGGCUGUCUUGAAACUGGUUUGUGUAGACACCUCCAUGGUAGAAUUCUUUAUGCUGGUGAUUAGCGUACUUCUCCUUCCCAUGCCAGUGCUCCUCAUUUGUAUCUCCUAUGCCUUCAUCCUCUCCAACAUCCUGAGAAUCAGCUCAGUGGAUGGACGAAGCAGAGCCUUUUCAACAUGUGCAGCCCACCUGACUGUGAUAGUUUUGUUCUACGGGACAGCUCUCUCCACGUACCUGAAGCCCUCAGCUGUAGAUUCACAGAAAAUAGAUAAAUUUAUGGCUUUGGUAUAUGCUGGAUUAACCCCCAUGUUGAAUCCUAUCAUCUAUAGUCUACGGAACAAGGAGGUAAAAAUGGCUGUGAAAAGAGUGCUGGUUAGAAACCCUCUUUGUGCUCUCUUUAUUCCCAGUAGCAAAUAAUAAUGAUCAACAUUAAUGAAAGGAUUGUUUAGGUGUCACUUUACUCCAAAACAUCC